AUGCGUCAAGUUCGUAUUGACGCUCGUGAUCUUAGGAUUCUUGAUCCUCUUCUCUCUUAUCCUUCUGCCAUUUUUGGUAGAGAAGAUGUUAUUGUUCUUAACUUGGAGGUGUUUUUGCAAGACCCAACAGGGGAAGAUGUGGUCCCUGUUGUUAGAGAACUUCAAAGGAGAUUGUUUACCAUUGACACAAAUCAAGGAGAUGAUCAAGACCAUAGUCCACUUGAUGUUGAAGUAGAUGAAGAUGAUGAGUCGCCUUUCGAAUUCCGAGCACUAGAGAUAUUGCUUGAAUCAAUUUGUAGCUUCCUUGAUGCACGAGCUUCAGAUCUGGAGAUGGAUACUUAUCCUACACUUGAUGAACUUACAAACAAGAUUAGUAGUCGGAAUUUGGAAAAAAUUCGUAAGUUGAAGAGUGCGAUGACAAGACUGACUGCUAGGGUUCAAAAGGUAAGAGAAGAGAUUGAACACUUGAUGGAUGAUGAUGAAGACAUGGCUGACCUAUAUUUAACAAGAAAGUUGAUAGGAUUAUCAUCACCUAUAAGUAAAUCAGGUGCUGAAAAUUGGUUUGCUUCAUCUCCCACCACAAAGUCCAAAAGUGUGGCAACAUUUCUUAGUGAUGAAAAUGAUGUGGAUGAGCUUGAAAUGUUACUAGAGGCUUAUUACAUGCAAAUUGAUGGCACUUUCAAUAGAUUGUCUACGCUUCGAGGGUACAUUGAUGAUACAGAAGAUUACAUUAAUAUUCAGAUUGACAACCAUCGAAACCAGUUGAUCCAGUUAGAGAUAUUUCUUAACUCAGCUGAACUUUCUCUAGCAUUUUAUUCGGUGGUGACUGGAAUACUUGGCAUGAAUAUUCCAUAUGGUUGGGAAAACAACCAUGGUUACAUGUUCAAAUGGGUGGUUAUUUUUACAGGAAUUUUUUCCAUAUCUAUAUUUCUCACCAUAGUUGCCUCUGCUCGCAAAAAAGGGCUGGUUGGAUCAUGA